AUGGCGGGACUUUUCUUGAAGACAAUGUUGUUCGCGAACCUGGGAGCUGCACGCGCCGCUACAGGAGCGAGACCUGUCCCGCGAUAUCAGCCAGAGACUGAGUACGAGGCAUCCAACGAAGAUGAAGAGGAGGACGCGAAGACACAAGCGCACGAAGAUUCCGAAGACGAAGUUGAUGAAGGUACUGAGCGGGUGCCAGCAGUGGAAGAUGCUAGAGGCAACGCCGAUCCGCUGCGAACUCCCUCGGAAGACCGCGACCUCCGCGCGACAUGGACUGCUAGCAUCAACAUCCUCUGGAGACGCGCCGCCGACAACGCCACCAUUCUGGCCGCGCAAGCUAGAGACGCUGCACUCGAUGCUAUCGCGAAGGUGAGGGAGCUUGGAUUUAUAGGCACAGCAAGGGCAAUCGGCCACUGGAUGAGAAUGAAUCCGUGGAAGACGGCGUUGAUCGUGGUGCCUCUCGUUGCACUUGCAUGUACGGCGAUAGCGCUCUCGGUCACAGGCUUUGGACCAGCUGGAAUCGUCGCAGGCAGCGCAGCCGCGGCCAUGCAUGCGGGUAUUGGCAGCGUUGUUGCAGGUUCGGUCUUCGCAACGUGCACCAGUGCGAUGAUGGGUGGAUACGGCGCAGCAAUUAUAUUCGGAGGUGUCUGGGCCAUAUCGAUUGCGUUGGUAGGCUUAGUAGCGGCCAUGCGCAAGUGUUGGAAGAGUCACCAUGAACGCGCUCUGGUAUCCCGGAAUUCGGCUACGUCAAUGUCUGCAUCCGAGAUCGCGAGGCAAGCUGCAUCCGAUGCCGUCUUCUGGAGCAUGGUCGCCGUAGCCUACGCGGUAUAUCGGUUUAAGAGCUGGUACCAAAGACGCGGAGAGGGUGCCGAAGAGGAUGAUGAGUGA